UUACUACUGUUACUACUACUGAGUACUGACUACUGUUACACUGUGUCCUUUCUAGUCCACAGAACACUUUUACUCAGACAGUCCUGGUCCGUCAGUUCAAACUAGAAACUCAUUAAUAUGUAUUUCUCAAAAAAAUAAGAAACAGGAAACUUAAUUAAUGUCAAUUUGUUUAGUAUUUUAAAAGACAUUUAGACUUUUUAUUGACAUUUAGUUUUAAAAUGGUUUGCGUUUAUUUAUCGAAAUUUGGAGAGUUUAAGUGUUGACAUAAAUAAUAAUAACAUAACAUAAUAAACAAAACUUAAUUGCACAUGAAUUUGUUACAAUAAUAUUGUAUCAAGAUGAAAAUUAAUAGUAAUACUAAAAUAAUCGGCAGUAAAACAAUAUUAGUUCCUUAUCGAGAUUUUCAUGUUCCAAAGUAUCAUAAUUGGAUGCAGUCAGAAGAAUUACAAAAACUUACAGCUUCCCAACCUUUAUCUUUGGAUGAAGAAUAUGAAAUGCAAAAAUCCUGGAGAAAAGAAGAUGAAGAUAAGUGCACUUUUAUUAUUCUGGACAAGAAUAUUUAUGAGACAAAAAACAAUGAAAUAUCAUCAAUGAUUGGGGAUACAAAUAUAUUUAUUACUGAUAAGGAUAAUUCCAUUGGUGAAAUAGAGAUCAUGAUAGCAGAAAAAUCAGCUCUAGGUAAAAAAAAUGGGUGGGAAUCAGUUAUUAUAAUGAUGUUAUAUGGGAUAAAAUAUAUUAAAAUUAAAACUUUUGAAGCAAAGAUAUCUUAUUCAAAUUACACAAGUAUUAAUAUGUUUAAAAAAUUAGGAUUUGUUGAGAAGUCCCGAAGUGAUAUGUUUGAAGAAAUAACAUUUCAAAAGAUUGUUACCGAAGACUGGGAAAAGUGGUUGGAUCAACAAAUAAGAUGGGAAAUAGAAAAUUAUUAAUAUUGCCAGUUUAUUUAAAUUUUUUAUAUCUAUAUGCAUAUACUAUUAAAAUACCAGAUUUUU